UAGUGGACGGAACGCUUCUUUCAUCAGCAGCAACAGUUAGUCAGACACCUCGGUAGCUUGCUAGACAAAUAGCCGAACCAAUAAAGAUCUUUAGACGCUUUAGUGUAUAUUAGCCACUGUGUUUUAAACCCACUUCUGUCGUCUAGUUAGUUAUCCGAUUUAAUGUCAUAUUUAUGGUGUUGUUGUUAUUAGUCAGCUAGCGGGCUGGUUAAGUUAGCAUUAGCCUAGCUAACAUCCCCGACCAUGCAGUCACCAAGCUACUCUCCUUCUAAUGAAGAUAAGGAUAUCACAGUAAAUCAAGAAGUAGAGAGUGGGGCCGUUACUGUGAAAGAAGAGGAGGACACGUUCAGAGUGAAAGACGAGGAAGAUAUCACAGUAAAUCAAGAAGUAGGGAGUGGGGCCGUUACUGUGAAAGAAGAGGAGGACGCGUUCAGAGUGAAAGACGAGGAAGAUAUCACAGUAAAACAAGAAGUAGAGAGUGGGGCCUUUGCUGUGAAAGAAGAGGAGGACGCGUUCAGAGUGAAAGAGGAGGUCACAGUAAAAGGAGAGGAAGAUGCAGUUUAUGGCGUGAAAGAGGAGGGGGAGGAGAUUACUUUUACAUCGAAAAAGGAGGAGGAAGAAGAGGAGGAACCUGGAUAUCUGGGCCCGGUUUCCCAAACGCAUCUUAAGGCAUCCAAUGGUUCUAACGAUGAAUUUAGCCGUAAGAUGGUUUUGAGAAACCGUUCCCUGAUUAACACUGGAGAGAGACGUGACUAUCGUGGAUCCUCUGGGGAGCCUCAACAACCUCAUGAUGCUGAGGAGACAGAGAAGAACCCACAGGGAAGAUAA